AUAAAACUAUCCGAUAUGCACUACUUGGCUGUAUAAAUGCACACUUUCAGGAAUCUGAAUUAUUUGGGGUUUGUUGUUUCAACAGGUUAAAAGAACCAUCAGUAAUAUGGAGCAGGACUUGGAAGUGUUUCAGGAACAAGCUGUCACUGAAGCUUCUCCAUGUGAAGCUGAACUUCAGGAAUUAGUGCAUCAAAUUGACAUCAUGGUAAAUAGCAAGAAAAUCGAAUGGGAAAGGAAGAUGAAAGUUUUAGAAGCAAAAAUGGAUAUCCAGAAUCAAGAAUUAGCAAGUGCCCAAAGCAAACUGGAUCAAAAAGGUCAAGAGGUGGGACUACUUCGACAGAAACUGGGAGACUUACAGAAAACUAAGUAUGAAAUGGCUCAGAAUUAUGAAACUCAGCUUCAAGCACUGCAAUCUCAAUUUUCAAAGUUGACACAUAUUUAUGAAAAGCUACAGUCACACCAGUUAAAACAAAAAAAGGUUGAAAGUAGAGAAAAAUGUGAGGAAAGCCUAGAGAUACCGUCUGAACUGAGCUAUUUAUACAAGAAACUGAAGGAAUUUAAGGCAAAAUCAAGAGAAUGGGAUAAGAAGGGGACAAUCUGCCAAAAUUAUCUUGUUUAUUUGGAUGCUCAACAAAAAUUAUUGGCUGAGAAAUGUAAUUUAUUUCAGAAACAGACCCAUAAUUAUCAAUUCCAAAUAAGCAGUAAGAAACACCAAGAAGAGGUGACCUGUGGCCAGACUGAAAGUGAAAAGGAUGAUUUGUUUAUUGAAAACCUAAAGGCAACUGUCAGUGAAAUAGUAAUAAACAAGAAUAAACUAGAAGAGGAAAAUCUGAAGCUCCGGGAGGAUCUAAAAAUGUAUCAAAACCAGUGCCAGAAGAUGGAGGCAGGCUUUUUGGAAAUGAGAAGGGAGCUGCACUCACGGGAUGCUCUCUGGAGAAGGUUACAACUGGAAUGCCAGCAGUUGCACACAGAAUUAUUGAAACUCAGAGAGUAUACUGAUAUGCAGGAAAAUAAAAUAAAGCAUCAAUCAUCUUGUGUACAUCUUACUGAGCAACUAGAAAAUAAAAGCACUGAGUUAUUACUGUUGGCACAAAGUCAAGAACACCAACAAGAAGAGCUAAACAAGAUAAGAAACCAUGUUUAUCAAGAGGAGGAGCAGUCCCAUUGCUCUGAGCAGGAAAGAAUGAAGACAGAAAUCUCUGACCUGACAGAAGAGCUUCAUCAGAAGGAGAUCACUAUAGCAACUAUCAUGGAGAAAGCUAGUCUUCUGGAAAGACAGUUAAAAAUGGAGUUAGAGAUAAAAGACAAAUUGUUAGCAAAACAACAGAGUAUAGAUUUAUCUAACAAAGAACAUGGAAAUUUCACAGCUUCCAUUCACAAACUAGAACAUGAGAAUAUAAGAGUACAAAACAGUCAUGUUAAACUACAAAAUGACACAGAAACAUUGAUACUGGGUCGCCUGGAUACAUAUGGAGAAACAAAGCACAGCUACCAAACCCAUACAAAGAUACAAGAAAAGGAAGAGAGAACUUCCCAAAAGAAAGAUGCCUGGGAAAUGGAACGUCAACAGACUGCUGUGUUCACAGGCAGUGGAUACGACCGAAACUGUAGUCCUGCUUUAUAUGGCCCAGACGAUAUCAUGGGUUCAAAAAGUGAUAGCAAUUUAUCUUCUCAUACUCUUCACAGAGGUCAUGAAAAGAAAAUAGUUUAUAAAUCUCCGUCACCACCAAUGGGGUAUCCUUUGGGCUUUGGUGGGCCAUUUCCUGAAAAGGGCAGACCAGGCAGCUUACUGAGCCCUGCUUACAGUGCAGAAGAAAACAAAUUACCGUCUCCCCCUGAGAUAUCCUUCCUUGUGACAACAGAAAAGUUCCUUCAAGAGGAAGAGAAACAUACAAGAGAGUUUGAAGAACGUUUAAAUUCGCACCUUGAAGAACUGCAAAGACAUUCUGAAAAUACUCUAAAAAAAUAUGCCAGGAUGCAGCAAAGCAGGCAUACUUAAGGCAGUGACACAAUUAAGAAAAUAAAACCAAGUAAUCAUCCAUGAGUUUCUUAGAGCUAAAAUUUGCAACUAGCUGCUUAAUGUAUUUAGGCACAUUGCCAAUAGCAUGUAUUUUUAACACCAAAGUUUCAAUAAGAUAAUCAUUAUCUUACAGAUUUAGGUAUACUGUAGCUUGACUAUAUUACAAAAUAUCAUACUCUAUACAUAUACUAAAAGAUACAGGUGGGUUUUGCAUAGUUAAAUUGUGUGCAGCAGAGACCCUGUUGCAGCAUUGUAAAUUAAGAUACUUUGAAUUCUAUGAUGUACAGAGGGCUAAUAAGUGAAAUUAUUCCCUUGAAAAUAUUAUCAGCCAAGAGAAAUUCUCUAGAUUGCACAGAACAAUAGGGGCCUUUAGCUAUGUCAUAGCUCCUAGCAUAAAGAGCUUAUCUAUGCUCUGGUUAUUCUUGGUUAUAGAAAUAGCCCUUGGGACUCUUGAAAGAGAAGUUUGAGCUCUUUCUGUCUUACGCUCUGAGCCGUGCGGGUCUGUUGAGACAAACAUGAAUAGAUAAAGCACAUAUUUUGAAGCCCCCCAUAUUGCUCCUUUUACCAGACCUAUAGACUUCACCUGGGGCAGAGCCUGAUCCCAAGUGCUUUAUAUGCUUUACAUUAACACUUUAUGAUUUUAAAAUCCUGUCUUCCAAAGCAUCUGUUUUGGUAUUGAUGUUUUGACACUAUGUUGUCUUGUUGUUUGACUACAUUGGAACAGGGUAGAAACCUUUAACUUCAGACAACUUGUGAUCAGUCUUAGGUAAGGGCCUAAAUUAUUUGUAUUUUUCUACAACAUAGGAAAACAUUAUAAAAUUGAGCACAGUUAAUUCAACUGCAUGUGCUGAAAAAAUGCAUAAUGUUGAGAUGCCUUUUAUUUGCAAUUCAUACUGAAUUCUGUUGCUGUGCAAGCGAAACAGAAAUUACAGACAGUGUUGAUGAACCACCAAUUUCAGUGAAAGAGAUACUGAAGAACCGCUU